GGAAGUGAGGUCAGAUAGGUGAAGUCACAAACUCAGAGCCAGUCACAUUGCCUGAGUUAUCUUACAAGAUGGCGCAAGCAAAUGCUCCACCUACAAUCCCACAAUUCUUCCAUGGCAGAACCUUGUUUAUCACAGGAGCCACAGGGUUCAUGGGAAAAGUCCUACUCAGCAAGCUGAUGCGUUGCUGUCCUGGCAUCGCCAACAUUUACGUGCUGAUCCGUCCUCACAGUGGGAAAACUGCUGCUUCAAGAUUACAAGAGAUCCUUGCUUUACCACUGUUUGACUCAGUGCGAGAACACGCUGCUAGUCAGCUGGACAAGCUGAUAGCAGUAGAGGGCGACAUUACUCAGCUGAGACUAGGUUUAAGCAGUGACCAUUACCUUGCCAUCACUUCCUCUGUGUCUGUCGUGUUCCACGUUGCCGCUUCCGUCCGCUUCAACGAGUCUCUCUCAGAUGCUGUGUUGAAGAAUACUAGAGGAACCAGAGAAGUAGUCAACCUAUGCUUGGGGAUGAAACAACUCGUGGCUUUACUCCAUGUAUCCACCACGUACUCCAACUGUGAGAGGAAAGUAGUGGAUGAGCUUGUGUACUCGAGUCCUGUAAGCUGGCAAGAUACAAUUCAAGUGACAGAGAAUUUGGAUCCAGCCAUUGUCAACAUUUUCGGAACUAAGUACAUAGGAAACAAACCCAACACUUACACGUUCACAAAGUGCCUCGCAGAACAUAUCAUAUGGGACCACAGGAAUCGCUUGCCUGUGAUAAUCUUUCGGCCAUCUAUCGUUGUUUCGACGUGGAAAGACCCAAUUCCUGGAUGGAUAGAUAACCUGAACGGCCCAGUGGGAAUGAUGAUGGGGUCUGGAACGGGAGUUUUGCGUGUGUCUAUGUGUGACCCUGAUGUUGUUCCGGACUACAUGCCAGUAGACAUAGCCAUCAGAGCCAUACUAGUGGCUGUUUAUAAAAAAGGCAUUUCAAGGGAGCAGGAAUCAGAAGAAUUUGUGUUCAAUUGUGCUUCAACUUCGUCUUCCAUCUCGAACGGUGCUCUCAUUGAGAUGGGUCUGAACAUGGUGAAGGAUGUGCCACUGACUAACGCUAUCUGGGUCACCAGUGACGAGACCACAACUAGCAAGACAUAUUUCACCAUUAAGUCUUGGUUCGCUCAUCUCCUCCCUGCAGUAUUUGUGGACAUGGCACUGCGAAUUAGUGGACAUGAACCCAGAUUGGUGAAGAUACAGCGCAAAAUCUUCAUUGCUAUAUCGGCCCUUUCCUACUUCACGUGCCAAGAGUGGAAAUUUAAGAAUGAAAAGUUUAUGAGACUUCUUACCUACAUUUUGCCAGAAGAUAAAGAAGAUUUUGACUUUGACUUCAGUGAUAUAGACCCUGUAACAUACUUUAGACAAUGUGUUCUGGGAGCUCGGAUAUAUCUUCUGCAUGAUCCUGUAGAAAACAUACCAGCAGGGAAGAGGAGAGCGAAAAGAUUAUACUGGAUUCACAAAGCGGUUACUAUCAGUUUUGUGCUGCUACUCAUCUGGAUAUUGGACUUUCCUUUCAUACUUCACCAGCUUCGGGCUUCACUUCACUAUCAAAAUUCAACUGUAAUUUUAUAACAAGUAGAAGUUUAAGAUAGUAAUACAAUUAUUUUUGACUAAUAAAAUUAUUUUUGACUAAUA